AGUCUUUUUUGGUGGUCAGGUAUAUAAAGAGGAGGCAGCUGCAGAGACCGGGACGAAUUAUCGCUGCCUCUUUGCCCAGAAAACAGAAAAGUGUAGGAAAACCCUGUCUUUGAACGAUUUUCCGUCUUCACCUCCUGGACUCCAGGCCAAGUAGCUCCGUCGAUUGACCAAACCGGGCACAGCCUUGUUUCUUCAGCCACUAUGGAUAUUGCUAUCCAGCACCCAUGGUUCCGACGCACCCUGGGCUCCAUGUACCCGGCUCGACUCUUUGACCAGUUUUUCGGGGAGGGGAUGUUCGAUCACGACCUCCUGCCCUUCACCUCCCCCACCAUCAGUCCGUUCUACAGACAGUCGCUGUUUCGUAACUUCCUGGACUCCUCAAACUCCGGCAUUUCCGAGGUGAGGUCUGACAGGGACAAGUUCACGGUUCACCUGGAUGUCAAGCACUUCUCCCCCGAUGAGCUCAGCGUGAAGGUGAUCGAUGACUUUGUGGAGAUCCAGGGCAAGCAUGGAGAAAGACAGGAUGACCAUGGCUACAUCUCCCGGGAGUUUCACCGCCGCUACCGCCUCCCCUCCACUGUGGACCAAUCGGCCAUCACCUGCUCCCUGUCUGCCGAUGGACUGCUGACCCUGACCGGGCCAAAGGCCAGCGGGGGGGCCGAAUAUGGACGCAGCGACCGCAGCAUCCCCGUCAGCCGUGACGAAAAGCCCGGCGCUGCCCCAUCCUCCUAGACUGAAGAUCUGCCGGAAAACCACCAGAUUCCUUUGCUAUCUUUUUCCUGGGAGGACUUCUCUGAGCUCCUCCUCUCGUAGUCCUAGUGCGCCCUUACAGUGUUUAGUUCUGUUAUGGAAAUAGUUCCUUUGAGGGGUUUUCAGGAGAAAUCCCUGAAAGACCUGCAUGUUUCUCCUGCUACGACUCCACCUAUUCUGAAGAACCAUUUACUUCCUGUCUUCAUCAUUUGUGGCUUUGUUUAGUGCAAAUCUGCUGAAGUCCAAACUGAGAAAUAUAAUAAAGAUAAACUAAACUAUCA